AUGCACGUAGCUGUCAAGGACUGCGUCGCGCUCUUAAUCUACUCUUUCACUUUCCUACUGGGUCUUCCUGCCAACCUGCUGGUUCUGUUCGUGUACGUCCGGAAGGCCUCCAAGCGUGGCGCCACACCCAAUGUGGUCUACGCCCUCAACUUGUGCCUGGCCAACCUGGCGCUAGUGGCCUGGCUGCCCGUCAAGGCCUUGGAGACUUUACUUCAAGACUGGAUGCUCCCGGCCCCCGUGUGCCUUGCUUAUAGCUUCUUCCUCUUCUCCUCACUCUAUGGAAGCUGCCUCUUCAUCACGGCGGUGACGAUGGGACGCUACCUCAGCAUCGCCUUCCCCAUUAUCUACAAGCGAUACCGCCGUGCUCGCAUCUCGUGCUUCAUCAGCGCUGCCCUAUGGGCUUUGGUGCUGCUUCACCUCGGCGUUGGCCUGGCGGCUGAAGGUGGAGCCCACUUUGUUUCAGUUAAGGAUGACGCUACUGCGUGCUAUGAUCACUUCAAUCCCUCCCAACUAGCCGUGCUGCUGCCUCUACGCUUGGAGAUGGCAAUCGUUCUUUUUCUCCUUCCUCUGAUCGUGUCAUCGUUCUGCACGCUGCGCUGCGUCACCCUGGUGUGGCGCUCCAACUUGCGGCCCAUGGGGAAGAGGAGAGUUCUCACAGUGGCCCUGUCCACGCUGGCUGUGUUUGUGGUGUGCUACGCUCCCUACAACACAUCGCACCUUGUCGGGUUUGCAUUGGGGGAGAACGUGGAGUGGAGAACCUACGCCAUGUUGACAAGCUCCUGCAAUGUGUUCCUGGAGCCGGCUGUCAUGUUGAUGCUGUCACCCGCCGUGUCUAGGGGCUUCAUGGGAAGAAUGUGCGGAGGGCAAAGCCACUUCAGCCGCAUUGAAGGCGGUCGCCAGAAUUGCACCACCCCAACUGUGGCUCAUGUCAGGUCACCAGCAACGACCACUGAGAGGAGUGCUGAGGUGCCCAAACUGAGUCAGGAAUGA